CGGUGCUUCCGGCCGACGGAGGCGGGGCCUGGGGCACGGUCAGGGGCUGAACCCACGCCGCGACCCCCGACCCGGGCUCACCGGAAUGGCCAGGCACGUGUUCCUGACUGGGCCCCCAGGAGUUGGAAAAACAACACUGAUCCAGAAAGCCAGUGAGGUUUUAAAAUCCUCUGGUGUGCCUGUCGACGGAUUUUACACAGAAGAAGUCAGACAGGGAGGGAGAAGAAUAGGGUUUGAUGUUGUCACAUUAUCCGGCAUGCGGGGAGUUUUGUCUAGAAUUGGGUCAGAGCCUCCGCCCGGAAAACGUGAAUACCGGGUUGGCCAGUAUGUGGUGGAUCUGACUUCCUUCGAGCACUUGGCACUUCCGGUCCUGAGGAAUGCAGGUUCCAGCAGUGGCCCGGGGCAGAGAGUGUGUGUCAUCGAUGAGAUUGGGAAGAUGGAGCUCUUCAGUCAGCCUUUCAUCCAGGCCGUUCGUCAGACGCUGUGCACCCCAGGGACUGUAGUCCUGGGCACGAUCCCAAUACCUAAGGGAAAACCGCUGGCCCUCGUGGAGGAAAUCAGAAACAGAAACGACAUUCAGGUGUUCAGUGUCACCAAGGAAAACAGAAGCCACCUUUUGCCAGAUAUUGUGAGGUGUGUGCAGAGCGGCUGGAAGUGAAGACCGUUCGAGCCCCUGCCUUGUGCUCUUGAAGAGAUGUGCUGCUUCACGCGGAGCCUGAUCAGUGCCCCGCCUGCCAAGGAUUUAUGCCUUCGGGCUUACGAAACCUGAUGGGCCUUUCCAGAGAAAGCCUGACAGCUGUUCUCCAUGAAAUGUUUAAAAGAUCAAAUUAGCCUGAAGGCCGGAUUGGCGCGACAAGAUGAACAGUCCGCUGUGGCUUAUUUAUGCCCAGAGGUUUCUGUUUAUUUCCUCUUGCAGUUGUGCAUAUGAUUUCGGUAAAUUAUGAAAUGAGAAAUGUUUUUCAAGAGUAUUAGAUGGAACUUGCCCCCAUCGAAGUUGAUACGUGUGUUCCGGGGAAGGGGGAGAAGGGUGUUCGCUACCUAAUCAAUUUUGCAUGUUAUGAAAAUUAACCCCCUCUCCAGGUGCUUCAGCUCACAGGGAUAUGAGUUACUCAGUUUUUUUUUUUAAAAUGGUUACUUCAGAAAAAAGCCAUUUUAGGUCCUCCCCACCCAUCUUAUUGUUUAUGUGAUUGCUUAUUGCUUAAUAAAAAGAAACUAAACGCGGUGGUUGCAAACACGU